AUGGGUAUCUCCGGAUUGCUUCCUCUCCUCAAAUCGAUCCAGCGACCGACAGAGCUGAAGAAGUUUUCCGGCGAAACUUUUGCCGUCGACGCGUACGGAUGGCUUCAUCGAGGGGCCAUUAGCUGCGCGAUGGAGCUGGCCCAAGGCAAGCCGACUCGGAAAUAUGUUGACAGUUUCUUGAACCGCGUCCGGAUGGUCCAACACUUCGGCGUCAUUCCUUACCUCGUCUUCGACGGCGACUUUCUCCCAAGCAAAGCCGCCACUGAAGCCUCUCGCGCCAAACGCCGGGAAGAGAGUCGAAAGGCGGGCGAGGCGCUCAUCAAGGCCGGAAACACAAAACAGGCCUUCCUCGAGUUCCAGAAGGCCAUUGACAUCACGCCGGAGAUGGCUUGCCAUGUUAUCGAGGAGCUCAAGAAGCUGGGACUGCCCUAUAUCGUUGCCCCAUACGAGGCGGAUGCGCAAAUGGUCUAUCUCGAGCGCGAGGGCCUCGUCAGCGGCAUCCUGUCCGAGGAUUCGGAUCUUCUUGUGUUUGGAGCAAAGCGGCUUCUGACAAAAAUGGACAUGCAGGGCCACUGUAUCGAGAUCAACCGCCGUGACUUCUGCGCCUGUCGCGAGAUAUCCCUGACAGACUGGACCGACCGCGAAUUCCGCCACAUGGCCAUCUUGAGUGGCUGCGACUAUCUGGAGGGAAUUGGCAACUUGGGCCUCAAGACUGCAUACCGCAUGAUCCGUAAGCACAAAACAGUCGAGAAGGUUGUCCGGAUGCUCCAGUUCGACGGCAAGUUCAGGGUGCAUGAGAACUAUCUUGCCUCCUUUCGCCAGGCAGAGUUGACCUUCAUCUACCAACGGGUCUUCUGUCCUGUCAAGCAGGAGCUUGCCUUUCUCACCGAGCCUACAGCGAGCAUGGGCCUAGAUCUUGACGGAAUGCGCUUCAUCGGCCAGAAGAUGGACCAUGAUGUUGCACGAGGUGUUGCUCUUGGUCAGCUCAACCCCAUGACGAAAGAUCCCAUAGUGUUACCCCUGUCUCCAGAUAGGAAGCGGAGGGCCAGCGGCAUCACCGGCUACAAUCCCUUUCCUUCCACGGCAAAGACUCCGAGUUCGAUCGGCAAGUCUAUCGAUUCCUACUUUGGGAAGCGGCGAGAGUCGGCGCCGCAGCGAAUUCCCCUUGGUGCCAUGGACCCUAAUUGCUUCUCUGUGGAUCGACAGCAGGUUGCAGCACUGACACAGAACGGACUGGUGCCUCGUGUCUUUCCUCUUCCCCGGCCGUAUGUUGAGGGCGGGCGGACAUCUCUGAGCCAGGAGAGUCCAUCUGACCAGGCAUCGACUGCGAGAACAAGUCCUCCGCUGCGACGAAGACUGACAGAACCGUUGUCCAGUCUUCUGCAAUUGACCCCAGCUCCUACGCCGACCGACACUGCAAGCCGUCGCAAAACAUACUCGAAACAGCCGCCACCGCCUCCGCCGCCCCCAAAAGCAGCGCGUGCCGCUUUAUCCAGGCCGCCAAAGAAGGCCCGGCUGACCGAAGAUGAUCUCAGCGGAAACCCUCCCGCAAAGAGCUUGGAGCGUAGCAAGUACUUUUCCCGUACUGCAACAGCCACAGAAGAGCCUAAACUGAAGAGAAGAACUACUUCCGAGGCGUUCCUCAUGUCUGACGACUCGGUCGAAGAGGCCAUGCUGAGCUUGUCGGAGUGUGGUGGCUGGUCUACGCAGUCAACAAUCAAAGUGUUCAAGGACACUCAGCCGACAAACCCCGAAAUCUGCUCAGCCCAGGAAGCGCCCGAGUUGCCGUGGUGCUCAGAGGACGCGGAAACCGUAACGGAUUCGUUCUCCGUCCCACAGAGUGAUGGCAUCGAAGUGCCAGCCGGUCCUGUUGGAAAAGCAACGCAGCCUGCUCAAAGCACAGAGCAGACAAAGGCGACACCUCUGGCUCGACCGUCCCUCAGCCGCUUUUCUUACAAUUCGACAACUCGGAUUGUCCAUGGAUUGCCGACGCCGGAGUCGAGCUUCAGUUAUGGCAGAACUCAACAGCUAUCUGCAGCAAGGCCGAAUGUGUUGACGCCACCAUCAACGGCUGGACGCAAGUCGGCGUCUCGUUCGACCAAAGUGCCGAGAAAGAGCCUUAGCGACUUCGUCGAGGCGGCCUCCACAGAACGGCCAGAACGACCGCGCAACACGAACAAGCAACGACGAAGCUUGGGGCCACAGAUUCCGGUGAACCCAUCAUUCGUGCCACUGCCACGUGCUGACUUGGCUGAAGUGGAGGCUUUGAAUAGCGCGCAGGGCAGCGAAGACCAGAUAGUCCCCGAUAGCGGCGCAGAGGAUGAGGAUGGCGACUUUGAUGAGCAGCAUGGCGUGACCGGAAGCAAAACGUCGUCUGGAGUCGGCCGUCUUGACUUGUCUCGUUUUUUGUGUAAUUGA